UAAAAACUCUCGUUUUGUCAGACGCGGUACGAAAAUAAUUUUUAAUAACAUAGGUUGACAUUUUUUAUUGAAAUUUUAUUGCGGAUACGAUGGAGCAGGAUAAUUUACCCAUUGGAACUGCCCAAGAACCUGUAGAAGAAGCUCAUCAUCCACCGCUGAAGGACGCGAUGUCGUCAAUAGUGCAACGAAGAAAGCAAAACAAAAGUCCAACUUUUGCCGAAGCUUCCAAAUCAAAUGAAAGAUCUAAUACACACAACAGCAACGUUUACAAAGAUACUUUAAGCCAACCCGACGGGAAGCUAACACAGAAGCAGCGUCUUCAAUGGCUACAAAAGCGACGCACGCCAGGAUUGUGGGUGCAAUGUGACGAAUGCAACCGUUGGCGGUUCCUCCCUCGUGUGCUGGACAAUCACGAACUGCCCGACAAAUGGUACUGUCGUAUGAAUCCAGAUAUUACGGUAGCAAACUGUUCCGUUCCUGAGUCCCCAAUUCGGGUCCGCGAUGAAGAAGAUCUUAUCCAUGGCGAAUACACCGCAGGAUCGAUGGUUUGGGCCCGCUUAUCGGGCUGGCCUUGGUGGCCAGCCAUGGUCGACGAUGACCCCGAUACGGAACAGUAUUAUUGGUUGGAUGGCUUUUCUGACAUUCCGACUCACUACAAUGUGGUAUUUUUCGACGCAGCCAACGUCACACGGGCAUGGCUAAGUCCCGAACAAAUGAAACCAUACCGUAUCAACAAAAAUAUAUUCAAAGACGUUUUGAAAAACGAUACAUAUAAGAAACGUAUACAAAUUGCUAUCAUUCAAGCAAAUGACGCCGAAAAAUUGCCUCUGCACAGCAGACUUGCAAAAUACAGCUUCAUCGCGAGAUACCCAGGAUCCAUCAACAAACCGAAAAAUAUUACUAAACAUGACGUGAUAGUGUAUCAAAACAAAGUUAAAAGGAAAUACAAUUUCGGAAAUACACGUCUUGCCGAAAGCGCUGAUGAGUCACAUGAAGCAUAUGAAACUGAAGAAAAUGGAAAAUAUUAUGGUUUUCCGGUAAAACAAAACAACGUGAUUAUUCUGGGUACUCCAAGCAGACCAAAGAAAAGUCACAUUGCCAAGAAAUAUAGAUCGGCUGAUAGCUGGAAAACAGCACAAGAAUCAACCGCAAGCGAAAUCAAUUCUCUGUUAUCACACGAAGAAGACAAAGGAAAUCUUAUUCAGUUUACCGUGAAUGAAAACGCAAAGGAAACCGAUUCCAUGACUUUAGAAGUCGGCAGCACGGUUGCUUCCUUAGCGACAAUGGAGACUCCUGACAAUGGGAACUUAAAAUUCAUAUCUAACACGUACAUUCCUGAAAACGUGGAUGAAAUAAAAUCUAUACUUUUACAUACAAUGCCGCAAGUUGUUCAAAUUCGCAUCGCCUCACCCAGUAGUGAUGAUUUUGAAUUUUAG